AUGGAGUUCUUCAGAGACGCCAGCGAUGCGACGAGAGACUCUAAUUUGCUAGAAUCUCCAAGGCCCUUCGCUGGAUCUACGCUCCUUCUGCCUUCAGUAUCUGUGGGGAACGUAGGCCAGCUCACAGUGGACCUGCUUCUUGAAACGCUGCUACAGAAGCAGCACCAGCAGAAGCAGCAGGAGCAGCAGCAGAGCCAGGGCAGCUAUAGCAUCGCGCGUGUGGGUUGGCUGGAGGAGCCGAAUGUGCUGCCAUGUGCAGGCAACGACCCCUAUAGCGUGGGAGGCAGAGGAGCCGGAGGGAUGGGGUUCAGUGGACCAGGCAGCUUGACAACAGCCAUGGAAGUUAUUCAUGCAGUGCCCAAAUCUCAGUCCACCUCUCCUCCUUUCGCCGAUGCUUUCACCAUUAUACAACAAAGGUCUCCAGUGGCACUGGGCAGGAUGGAGGAAUUCUCUCGCAACCUAGCCACCUGGGCAGCGUCGCAGGCGUUUUCCCGAGUGGUUGUUCUUUCUGGAGCAGAUGCGCAACGAAGGCUGGCUCCUCAGAUUGAUGGGGAUCAGUUCCGUUUUCUUCUUGUAGACCCGUCGCUGCCCGCGCCCGCCUCCCCUCCCUCAUCUUCCUCGCCCGAACCAACUCAAUCUGCAUCGUUCAGCACGUCCCUCCUUCAAUCUCUUGGCUGGAAGCCUCUAGAGAGCUGCGAUCCAUUUGGUGGCCUUCCCUCUGCUUCCUCCUCGCUUCCAACGGGUGCUGAUGGUUCUGGAACAAGCACAGGGGAGAGAGGGAAUGAAGGUCACAUGGAGCCAGAACAAGAGGAGGCUGUUAUGGCAGGGGAAGAAGGUGAAGAGGAUCCGGGGCCGUUGAGGGGUGGUGAAUGGGGGCCUGAGCAAGGACUAAAGUGGAAAGCAGCCUUUCUCCGUAUCUGCAUUGCACUAAGGGAAGUCAACAUUCCCUCUAUUGCACUCCUCGUGUUUUGCUCUGAGGGAGACAAUGUGCCAGAUGCUUUUCACCUAGCAGAACGCCUCACUGCUCUUCUGCCGUCAUCCCUACUCCCAUCUUCUGCUCCACCAAUCACUGAUUUUUCUGGAAGCAUGGAUGGUAUGCACUACGACAGGCCAAGCGUUCCCGCUGUCCACUGGUGUGUCCCCCCUUCUUGGGGUCACCUGUUCGGACCACCUCCUGACGAUGCACUUUACUGCUAG